AUGCUGGACGAGAAGGCCGACAAGAGCAGCAACAAGAAUGAACGAAGUGACAUCCUCGAUGUUGCAGGACAGGCUAGUUCAGGCAACAAGCUGAACAAAUCGCAGGCGUCGCUGAUCUACAUCACGAAUCAGUUCUUCAGGAGAUACCCUUCGGUCUUGAGUUGCGUCGACUGUUUCAGGAUUAUCGGCGGUACCUCUCUGUCCACGAUCGUCGGCAUUGGCUUCGUGCUCAACCAGCUCUUUGCUUGCUCAUCUGCCGUCAUCACAAUGAGCAUCGCGCUUAACAGCAUCUCGGAGCAUGCCAUGUGCACCAUCUUGUUCAUUCUGGUUCCUACUAUCUUUUCUUACGUUCUGUGUAUGCCCAGACGCAUGCAGUUCCUGGCGGAUUUUGGCAUUCCCUGCACCAUCUCAAUCCUUGCUGCGACUAUCAUCGUUAUGGUUGCACUUGGUAUCGCUGGACCUAACGGUGCGCCACCAGGAUGGGAGAAAGAGAUUGUGCUAGUUGGUCAUCCUUCCUUCGCACAAGGUUUUACCUCCGUUCUUAAUAUCGCUUUCGCAUAUGCCGGCAAUCAGGCGUUCGUUACCGUGAUGGCAGAGAUGCAAGACCCGUCAAAAGACUUUAUGCCUUCCGUGUUCAUUCUACAGGGCUUCGCAAUUCCCAUGUACACGAUCGUUGGAACGGUCGUCUAUGUAUUGGCUGGAGAAUACACAACCAGUCCGGCGCUCGGCGCAGCACCUAUGAUGAUAGCUAAGAUCGCGUAUGGUCUUCUCCUACCUACGCUACUUGGAACAUCGCUGGUGUUUGGCCAUACAUCGAUCAAAUACAUGUUCAUCGAGGGGCUACGCUUCAUGGGCAGAGAGCGCGAGUACAGCCAAAACACCAGGCAGACCUGGGUAAUGUGGCUCGGUAUCGGCGCCGCCUUCUGGACUCUUGUAUUCUUUCUCGCAAAUGCGAUACCACUUUUCCAUUCCAUCCUGUCGGUAUCGGCCGCACUCUUCGUCUCUUGGUUUACCUUUGGGAUAUCGGGAGUCAUGUGGCUCUACCUCAACUGGGACGUUCAGUUCCGCGAUUGGAAGAAGACGUGUCUGGCUGUUCUAAACUGGACGAUAAUCGCAUUGACUUUGUUUGCGAACGGUGUCGGUCUGUGGGCUUCAAUUGAGCAGCUCGUAGCUGCGUACCAUAAUCCUCUCGUUCCUGUCGAAGGCUCGUUCACAUGUGCUGAUAAUAGCGUUUGGGGGUAG